AUGUUUUCACUCCUCCAUCUUCUAAUUCUUCCCUUUUUGUGUCUUGUAAAUGCUCUCACCAAUACCACAAACCCACCAAUCCGCCAAGUCUAUACUUUUGGCCCAAAUACUUUCAUCGAACAGAUCGCCGUGCGUUCUAACUCGCACAUCCUUCUCACAUCCGAAAGCGUUCCCACACUCUUCACACUGAACCCACUCCUCAUCUCGCCAAACGCCAGUGUCUUGUCCACAUUUCCAAAUGCCACGGGUCUGAGCGGCAUCACUGAGAUCUCACCAGAUGUCUUCGCUCUCGUAUCUGGCGUUUGGGAUCUAGUGAAUACCCGCGCGACAUCCUUGAACAUCUGGACCAUCGAUCUCUGCCCUCCCUCCCCGGUCAUCAAGCACGUCACCGCCAUAGUGAAUUCCACCAUCUUCAAUGGAAUGGCUGCAAUUCCAGGGACGGAUCUAGUUCUAGCUGCAGACUUAGCCCUGGGUGCUGUUUGGCGAGUGAACAUCCGUACUGGUGCAUAUGGGAUUGCUUUCUCAGACUCUUUACUUGCACCCUUAGGAACAGAUCCAGGAACGAAUCUUGGAAUCAAUGGUAUACGUGUCUCUGCCAAUCGAAAAUGGGUAUAUUUCGCCAACUCAGCGCAAGGAUUCUUCGGGCGAGUGCCCAUUUCACGUUGCGGAGAGAAGGUCGGAAAUGUGGAGGUGAUUGCGAGUGUGGGAAUUCUGACAGGUGUUGCUGGGGUUCAUUUCGAUGAUUUUGCGCUAGACGGGGAGGACAAGGCGUGGAUUGCGACGCAUCCCAGUGAUGUGAUUGAAGUGCAGGUUGGGAAAGGAGUUGUAGCUGAUAUUCAGAAUUCAACCUUGUUGCUGAAUCCGACGAGUGCGGCGUUUGGACGAGGUGCGGAGAGGGAGAGGAGGACGUUGUAUGUGACGAAUGGGGGGACUUUUGUGGGAGAUACUUUUGAGCUUGUGGAGGAGGGAGUUGUUGCUAUUGAUUUGUGGAAGGUAUGA